AUGCGCCGCGAGGAUACCAACAAAUCCGCGCAAGGCGUGCCCACAAACCCUUCCGACCCUUCCGUCUCUACAACCACCACCACCCCCGGCAAGGGGCACCGCCAAGGCCGCAGCAAUGUGGAAGGGGAUAUCGAGUUCCCAAGGAGCCAGGAGCCCCACCGAGUCUCCACAAAGAGUCACGAGGGUGCCCACCAUUCCCAGUUUUCGUCCUUUUCCCGCACCGAAAGCUCCCCGUGCGACUGCUUCUUCGCCUCCGAGCCACCACCGCCCAACGUCGCCACGGCGGGCCUGAGAGUCAGGCAGUUCGUGCGGCCUCUCCAAGAGAAGAAGGAGCUUUUGAGCGUUCGCGUCGCUGUCGUCACGGCGGGGGGCACAGAUGUUCCCUUAGAGCGUGAGGCGGUGCGGUACUUGACGAACACGAGUUCGGGAACGCGAGGAGCUGCGCUGUGCGAGCAGCUGCUCAUGUUGGGGUAUUAUGUGAUAUUUCUGACUUCUGUGAGGGCUGUCAAACCGUUCGUUCGGCAUCUACUGCCCGCACACCCCAUGCCGCACAUCCUCCACUACCUUUCGCUGGCUGGCGUUCCCCAGCAAGCAAAGCGGCAGGAGACGGAGGAGGAGGACGAGGUUGCAGAGGAAGGAGUUCACGAGCUCCACGCUGCGCCGAUCAUCACGGAACCUCCCCCGGACGCAGUCUCUUCGGAGGGCGAGCUCCCUGUGCCUGCAGCCGCUUCCACUUCUCGCCGGCUUGCUAGCCAAGCCUCGACGGAAGGCCCUCAGGGGGCCACAGUCACUUCACUAGGGUCCGUUGUCAGCAGCAGCGACUCUCUCGCCGCUGCACAAGAGCGGGCUUCCUACGAGGAGGGGUCGGCAUCCGACGGCGUCGAGGUGGAGGAAGCCUCUGAGGCGAGGGAUGGCUGGCGCGUGGUGUUCAGGGAGCCGCGGCAACGGGGGGGGGACGAUUACGAGGCGCUCGAAGGGCUGGGGGGGCCCCCUGACCCGGUGGACGCCUUGGGAUGGAUGUUGGAUCCUGUUGAGGCCGCUGCUGCCUUGCAGCUGUACAGGCAGUGCAAGGACCGGCUGCUGUGCAUUUCCUAUCAAACGCUCGUGGAGUAUGCCUUCCUCGUUCGCGCUGUCGCUGCCGGCACAUGCAGCCUCAAGGAGCGACUUAUGUUUUGUUCUGCGGCUGCAGUGGCCGACUUCUACGUGCCCUACGCCCUCAUGGCGCCCCACAAAAUCGUUGCCUCUCAUGAUCACGGGGGGCCCCUCUCGCAUCACCCCUCGUCCGGCUCCGUGGGGGAGGCCACCAGCAAGGAAGCGGGGGGCAUAGAGGUUCAGGGCCCUUCUCGCAGCUCUUCAGGAGCUGGAGGCAGCCACCCGAGGCGCUGGUUCACUGGAAGCUUCCUUUCAACAGAAGACAGGGGGACAAGCACAGAGUCCACUUCAUUGGCAGCGGCAGCAGCUGCACCAGCGGUAGAAGCUGCAGCCGCUCGUCCUACAGAACACCCACAGCACCACCCCCAGCAACCCCAUUAUUUGAAUUUGCGCCUGCAUCUCGUGCCAAAGAUGCUGCUCGUGGUGCGGUCGGUGGCACCUAACUGCUUCCUUGUCGGCUUCAAACUUGAAACAAAUCCAGAACGAUUGCAGCAAAGCGCCCUUGCCUACCUCGAGGGCCCCCGCCCCGGGGGACCUUCGGGGGCCCCUGAGGCCUCCGGCGUCGCAGACUGCGUUGUAGGCAACCUGCAGCAGACGCGGAGAGCGGUGGUCAAACUUUUCACCAGAGCCGGACAGAAGGAGCUCAAGCAAAAGCACAAGCCCAAGCCAGGAUGCUUAGGACAUGGGACCAUUGAGGCGCGGCUGUCACGGUAUCUGAGCAAACUGCACACUCAGAAAAUGGAUGAGGGGCUUGUGUAG